GACGUCUCGUCCCCGACCAUGGGCGGCGGGCCGAGAUGGCUGGCGCCAGUGGCGGGGCUGGCGCUGAGCUUCGGCUCUCUCGUUGGCGCUCUCAAUCCUUGCAGUACUGAAACACUGGUGAGAACUGGAAAGCUCUUUCCUAAAGAAGGUGCAGAUUUAGAAGACAAGCUGACUUUUGAGUCUGUUUCACCGCUAUUGAUUCGUCAUCCCUGCAACUAUAAUCUAGCUCUCUUUCUGGGAAUCCAUGUUUUUCUUACAAGAAACAACUUUGAAAGUAGCCUUAUUCCACUUUCCAUCCCUAAAAGCAUGCAGGUGGGAAUUCCCAAGAUCUCAGCAGCUACUUUUUCAUCAUCACGAGUAGUGAUGGUAAUAAAUGGAAAAGUCUUUGGUUAUGAGUAUGACAAGAAGACCUGGAGUACUGCCAAAGGUGUUGAAACUAAAGUUUCAGCUCUUUCUUCUGAAUGCUGCUGCUAUAGCAUAGAGUACCACUGUUCAACAGUAAGUCAUUACAUUUAUGCAUAUGCGAGAGGAAAACUUGAUGAUAGUAGCAGCUACAUAUAUUUUUCAAGUACGGCAGGACUGGAAUUUGAAAAAUUUGCUUUGAAAAAUAAGGUAAAUUCAAUGAAUUAUUUAGAAGGUGCCUUUUACUUUCAUUCUGUAUCGAACACAGGACUGCUUUAUAGUAAUGGAGUAGAUCAGGGAGUUUUUAGGUUUACCAGUAGCCCAUUAGGAAGAAUGGUGCUGUUGCCUUUCUCUAUGGCCUUUUCAGAAACUGUGACCUGCCUUCGCCCUCCAGGAUUGAAGGGGAUCAUAAUUUGCUGGACUAAAAGAGACAUGAAAAUUUCAUUUAACAGUGGUCAGACUAUGGAUCCUGUUAUUCUUUUGAAGACACAAAAUUUUCCCCACACUUCCUUUUCUGCAGCCAACAGCACUCUGAUCUAUGUUACAGCCUCUGAAUCUGAGCUGGCAGCUUUAACUGAGGAUUACCAGUUAUUUUAUGGCAGUAUGGGGAUGCAGCAAACUACUUUGAUCCAAGUAGGUGCUUUGCAGAUUAAAAAAGAAUCUGUCUGGUCAAACGGAACGGCUUUCAUGUUUCUUAGGCCUGGAAUCCUUGAAAUAAUAAAACCCAUGGAGGACCCUGGUUUGCGUGCUUUUGACUUUGACCAGUGUACUGUGAAUAUUCAGCCUCUUAUCUUAGGCAUUAAACCUUCGCUGCAAGAUUGUCCGAUGGAAAUUCUCUCUGGACAGUUUGCAAACCAAAUGUACGUGAUAGACUUGGGUGAAAAAAUUGAGUUGAAUGCUGCCUUUGUACCCAAACCAUCCAGAGGGACAUUUCCCAUGGUAACUGUGAGCAAUCCCCAUUCACUUGGAUUCCAAGCAGACAUCUUGGAAAAUGGCUACACCUCAGAUGGAAACAUUCGGUUCAUACUGAAAAUAACAUUAGUUCAGCAACAUAUUUCUGAGAGGGCCGAGAAGGAUUUCACUGCCAGCGAGAAGCUAUCAAGCUUAUCUACGGUCACUGUGGAUAUAGCCAACAAAGGUAUUUCCUGUAUAGAUCUCCAGCCCCUGACAGCUCUCAUUGUGCUUGGGUGUCCCCUGAAUAAAAGGAUCGAAAUUGUACGGGAUAUCACAAUCUGCAACAAAGGCAUCAUGAACGCAAAGGUCCUGACAGAAAACUUCUCCUUCACUAUCAGCAAGAAUAUCUAUGACCCUUCCUUGCUGGGUGGUGAGAAUGCAGCUAAACAAGACCUUGUCUUUAUGUACAACUACACACAGAUGGGAUGUCCUGCCCUGGUGUAUUACAAUUUCCCAUGGCUACCUCAGCUUGAACUGUGGCACGGUCAAAAUUUUCUGGGCCACAUUACAUCAGAGUUUGUCAUGUUGGAAGUGAACGGGAUUUUUGAUUACACCUAUUUGUUGUCGGUUAAGGAAGCCAAGUGUGAAUCACAACCUCAGAAUUGGACUUCUAUAAUGAAAAGUUCCCGCCACAAAACACCAUUUUCUUGGAAUAGGGAGAAUUACAUCACCUGCUAUCAGAAGAACAGCAAAGCACCUCUGAAGUGGCUGGAGCUCCGGUAUGAAGUCCUAGGGGGCAGUACGUCCAACAGAGUUAUUUUUGCCAAAAGGAACGGGUAUUACAUCUUUUCCGUCUCUGUCGUGGACCCCAAUAUCAGCUACUGUAACUUGUCAACAGUCUUCAGUGUUUAUGUUUAUGGAGCUCUGCCUCAUUCUGCCAUUCCGGCCGUCCCGGUCGCAGCCAUCUUGUCGUUGAUCCUUCUUUUCUCCUUGUACGUCACGUACAAGGAACCGAAGAGGUUACACACCCUAGGAAAAACGCACUGGAAGAUAUUUCAUAAAUCUCUGAGCAGCACUUUAAACAACUUGAAUAGAGGUGGGCGGUAUAGUCACAGGAGGGUACGGACUAAGUGGUAGAGAGGAGGGUAAAAUGGUUCAAAUAAACCGUCAGAUGGAAAAAGCCAA